AUGCAACAACUCGAAUGCGACAAUCUACUUUCGACAUUGACGGCAGCCAUGCAUCUUCAGAGACACGAUCAAGUUAUUGACACAUCGCAACUCGCUGUUGACGAUCUCAAGCACCAGCUUGUACAACUUUUGUACGCACGCUCAGACUCGCUUAUUGCACUCAACCAACUGGACACAGCCCUUGAAGAAGCGAAGAUGAUGGCUCUCUUGGAUCCUGCGUCACCUAUAGGUCCCCUUCGCGAAGGUCUGAUUGAUGGCUAUAUUGAGGGAUCCGAAGAUACAGUCCAAAUCUAUUUGCAAGCGCUUGAGAUUGCAACAUCAUCCACUGCACUACCACAGCAACACAAUGAAAACAAAGUCGACUUUAUUGCACGAUUACCAUGUGAUAUUGUUGUGAAGGUCGUUUCGUAUCUCUGGAAUCAUACCAACAUCAGGGUGACACCGGCCUUUUUACAUGUUUCAAAGCUUUGGAGAAGAGCUAUCCUUCAAUCGACAUCUUUUCUUGUACACCGCGUGACAACAUCCGAUUCAUAUGGAUAUGCACAUAACGAGGUGACAGAUUUCGCAUCCCAUACCAGAAAGGUUGUGACACGAUGGGAACUAGCAUCGGAUGAACUCUUGGGAAAGGAUGAAUUGGUCAACGUGGCGUUUCUUCAUUUUGAAAGACAAGCCUUCCCUGGACAUGAUCAGCUGCUUUAUCCUUGUCCUUAUACACAACUCUCGUUUGUGGAAUUGCAAGAGCAGGAGGAAUACGGUUGUCGCUACACGCUUGAUGAUGUUAUGGAGCUAUGUCCCCGCCUUAUCAGUCUGAAAUGGGGAGGACGUGCAUUGAAGAAGAGUAGCCAAACGAACCGGGUUUAUCCACAAUUGAAAGCAUUGGAUAUUAAGUAUGAUUAUGCAGAGCCGAGUGAUUAUUCAAGAGAGCUUGAAAACCUGCUUCCGCAACUACCAUCAUUGGUCGCACUUUCUAUCAACGCCAUACCAGAGUUGGAGCAUUUACGGAUCAUCGACCAGUAUUGUCCUUCUCUAAAGUGCAUGAAAUACUGUCAAUAUACCAGUGACUUUGUUCGAGGGUGGCCAUCCAUUGGGAAUGAUGAUGAUGAUUUGAAUCGACCAGGAAUACAAGAUCUUUGGAUUGGUGAAGGGAUUCAUCAAGGCCGUAUUCAAGAUGUGAUGAAUUAUCUCUUGCAGACAUCAAGCACAUUGAAACGCCUUUAUUACCACCAUGCACACACGCCUGACUAUGAUAGUGAUCAACCCGUUCAUGUUCCACCAGAAGCGACAUUUCCCCAUUUGGUUGAUUUAUCGGGUGUACUAGGAGAGGAUUCAUCUCAAAUGCUGUUUCGAACCUUGAUUUCCCGAUCCCCAUGCCUUGAACGAAUCACAAUGCUUGAACCGUACAUAUUCUGGGACUCAUCGGAUGUGAUUGAUGCCAUGUUACGUUGCGAACAUUUGGUGGCGGCCGAUAUAAAGAUGGCUGAUCACAUGCAAGAUACAGCUACCCUGAAGCAAUUCCUUAGACAUCAUCUUCGGCUUGGUACACGUUCACCCCUACGAUCACUCGCCAUCGCCUUAUGGACACCGGAUUGUGAACAACACCUCCUCCCGUUAGUCACAUCGUUGCAAAUGCUUAAAGAAUUGGAUAUCUUGUUGGAUUUACCAGAGGCUACAUUAACAAGGAUGGUGAAGAACAUCAAGUUCCGGGCAUCAUCAAAUCGUACGCGUCUACAGCGGCUUCUCAUCACAUUUUCAGGCGCUGAGAGCUUGAGUGAACCUCACUUUAUUGGAUUGAAAGAUGUUCGUUCUCUAAGAUACUUGGAAAUCAAGGUGAUUCGAAUGUCGACAUUAACAGCUCUUUCCUUGCUUGUAUGCGACCAGCUCGUGGAUAUCCGUUUUCCUUCGUAUAGACUUGAUAGCUAUGUUAUCACCAUUUUACGACACAAAUUCCCCAGGCUGAGGAAUGAAUGA